UCCACAUCACCAAAGACUCCCUGGGAUAAACGAGGAUCAUGCCGGCCAAACCUGCUCCAAUAAAGAAGGGAAAGAAAGCCCCGGCUGCUAAGCCUGCUCCCGCCCCCGAGCCCGCUCCGGAACCCGCCCCCGCCCCGGAGCCGGCCCCAGCGCCGGCCCCGGCCGAGGCUGCUCCGGCUGAACCAGCUCCGGCCGAAGCCGCCCCGGCCCCGGCGCCUGCGGAAGCCCCCCCCGCCGAAGCGGCACCGCCUGAGCCUGCUCCCCCAGCGGCUGAGGCGAAAGCGCCCACGCCCCCUCCGCCAGCAGUUCCAACAAGUGAACCACUUAACUUGACUGUAGAAGAUGUCACCGACGUGUCCGUUACGCUCAAGUGGAGGCCACCAGAGACUAUCGGGGAAGAUGGCCUAGAUGGAUACACUGUGGAGUACUGCAAAGACCAAACUACCGACUGGGUGGUCUCCAACACGGAGCUCAUUGCCUCCUGUCGCUACACUGCGAAGAACCUCGCCACUGGGGACAUCCUGCACUUCCGCGUCGUCGCGGUGAACCCGGGGGGUCGCAGCCCACCUGCUGCGCUGGCCGAUCCUGUAAAAGUGCAUGAGGUGGUGGAUCGCCCUAAAAUCCACCUGCCCCGGUUCCUGAGGACAAGGUUUGUCCAAAGUGUUGGGGAGAAGAUCAACCUCGUAAUCCCAUUUCAAGGCAAACCCAAACCUCAGGUGACCUGGACCAAGGAUGGCAAGCCCUUGGAUCCAAAGAAGGUCAAUGUACGUAGCACCGAAAGGGACAGCAUCUUGUUCAUCCGCAAGGCUGAGAGAGAUGACUCUGGCAACUAUGAGAUGUGUGUGAAGGUUGAUAGCUUUGAAGACAAGGCCAUCGUCAUUCUUCAAAUUAUUGAGCUGCCUGGUCCACCAAGCAGCAUCAAGUUAGUGGAUACCUGGGGUUUCAAUGCUGCCCUGGAAUGGACCCCACCAAAGGACAGUGGAAAUACAACAAUCACUGGCUACACAAUUCAGAAGGCUGACAAAAAGACUGGGGAAUGGUUCACCGUCCUGGAGCACUACCACAGGACGAAUGCCACCAUCUCCGACCUUAUCAUGGGCAACUCGUACUUUUUCAGGGUUUUUUCAGAGAACAAGUGUGGUAGAAGUGAUUCAGCUGCUGUGACAAAGAAUCUGGCCAAUAUUCAGAAAACUGGUAUAGUCCACAAACCUCCUGAGUUUAAAGAGCACGUUUUCAGUGAGGCUCCUCGUUUCACAACAGCGCUGUCUGACAGAAGCGCCACCGUCGGAUUCUCUGUCAAGCUGCUUUGCUCCGUUCGGGGAUUUCCCAAGCCUAAGAUUGAGUGGAUGAAGAACAAGAUCAUCAUUGGCGAGGAUCCCAAGUUCAGGCAGUUGAACCACCAAGGCGUAUGCUCCCUGGAGAUCCGCAAGCCCGGCAAUUUUGAUACCGGCGUCUACACCUGCAGGGCCAUCAACCCUCUGGGAGAGGCGUCUGUGGCCUGCAAGCUGGAGAUGAAACAGGUUGUUGCUCCAUAAAAUCGAGGUGGCAUUCAUCUACACACAGUGUUAAACCAGGACCAGCAGGAUUCGAGAACCAACAGAGACGGGAAAACCCUCAGGGUGGACGAUGACAUUCUUCCCAUCCAUGGCAACCAUCAAGAUCUGAUCUCUGAAGGCCAUGUGGAUAUGAACCCCAGUACCUGUCUGCACACAAAGCAAAACAUAUUUUUGUAAAAAAAAAAAAAAAAAAAAACGUAACCAUCUGUGUGUUACUUUUCCUGUAAGUGUCCUAUAUUCUAUCAGUUGAACAUGCCUGUACUCAAUAAAUAACAGAAUCACGUGAAA